CCCCCUUCGGCUUAAAAAGCUGUAUUUUAGCGGUUGACACCGGAGGGAGAAAUUUCUAUAUAACAAAAACUAAAAUACAACAAAUUCUUUUUGUCAAUAUUUUCCUUCUUUUCGCAGUGGAACUUUAUAAAUAUAUAUAUAUAUAUAAAAACAACUCGUCACAAAUUCAUGCUUGGGGAUUAAUUGUUGGAUUUCUCCAGAUUUUUCCGGAUUUUAUUACUUUGGAUCUGCUGCUUUAAGCAGACCGCAGAUUUGUCUUUCACCAUGAAGCUGCCGGGGAUAUUUUUGUUAUUGAUGCUUUGGACCUGCGAGGCUGCGAGAGUCGCAGAGAGUCGAGACGACAAUAGCGUGUAUGACUUGUUUGAGCUCGUCAAAGUCCCCAGCAAGAACCACGGGGUGACCCUGGUGAAAGGAGACGACCCGUACAGCCCCGCCUACAAGAUCCUCAACCCGGACCUGAUUCCCCCGGUCCCCGAGAACUCGUUUAGGGACCUGAUCGAUUCCAUCCAUGCCGAGCGGGGUUUCCUCCUACUGCUCAACUUUAAGCAGUUCAGACGCACCAGGGGAAGCCUCCUGACUGUGGAGAAGAAGGAUGGAGCCGGACCCGUGUUUGAGGUCGUCUCAAACGGAAAAGCGAACACCUUGGACAUUGUUUUCUCCACCGAGAACAAGCAGCAGGUGGUUUCCAUCGAAGAUGUGGGUCUGGCUACGGGUCAGUGGAAAAAUAUCACGUUGUUCGUGCAGGAGGACUGGGCAAAGCUGUACGUGGGAUGCGAUGAGGUGAACACCGCUGAACUGGAUGCGCCAAUUCAGAGCAUCCUGACGCAGGAGACUCCGGCCAGCGCGCAGCUCAGGGUUGGCAAGGGAGCCGUGAAGGACAAGUUCACGGGGGUCCUACAAAACGUGCGGUUUGUGUUUGGAACGACUCUGGAAGCUAUUCUACGCAACAAAGGAUGCCAAAGCGCCAUGACUGACACCAUGGUCCUGAGGAACCUCAAUGGCUCCUCGGCCAUCAGAACUGAGUACAGUGGCCAUAAGACUAAAGACCUGCAGAUGGUGUGUGGCUUCUCCUGUGAGGACCUGCUCAGUAUGUUUAAAGAGCUGAAGGGUCUUGGUGUGGUGGUCAAGGAGCUGUCCACUGAACUCCGCAAGCUGACGGAUGAAAACAAGCUUAUUAAAUCCCACAUUGGAAUUCACAGUGGUGUCUGUAUCCACAAUGGCAUCGUUCGCAAGAACAGAGACGAGUGGACCGUGGAUGACUGCACCGAGUGCACUUGUCAGAACUCUGCUACUGUGUGUCGCAAGAUCUCCUGCCCCCUGAUCCCCUGUGCUAAUGCUACUGUUCCCGAUGGAGAGUGCUGCCCACGCUGUGGAACACCGAGCGACUAUGCAGAGGACGGCUGGUCGCCGUGGUCUGAAUGGACCCAUUGUUCCGUGUCAUGUGGGCGUGGCAUCCAGCAGCGUGGGCGCUCUUGCGACCGUAUCAAUAACAACUGUGAGGGCACCUCUGUGCAAACCCGAGACUGUUACCUCCAGGAGUGUGACAAGCGCUUCAAGCAGGACGGCAGCUGGAGCCACUGGUCACCAUGGUCAUCAUGCUCGGUCACCUGUGGUGCUGGUGUCAUCACCCGAAUCCGCCUCUGCAACUCCCCAACUCCUCAGCUAGGAGGCAAGGACUGUGUUGGAGAAGGCCGGCAAACUGAAACAUGUACAAAGUCCCCGUGUCCCAUCAAUGGCAACUGGGGUCCCUGGUCUCCCUGGGAUUCAUGCAGUCUCACCUGCGGAGGUGGUCAACAGACUCGGAAACGCCUGUGCAAUAAUCCUGCACCACAGUACGGCGGUAAAGAGUGUGUCGGUGAAGCCAAGGACAUCCAGAGGUGCAACAAGACCCCCUGCCCAAUCGAUGGAUGUCUGUCCAACCCUUGCUUUGCUGGUGCCAAGUGCACAAGUUUUCCCGAUGGUUCCUGGAAGUGUGGGAAGUGCCCAGCAGGAUACACUGGCAAUGGGAUCAAGUGUAAAGAUAUUGAUGAGUGCAAAGAGGUUCCUGAUGCGUGCUUUGAGUUUAAUGGGGUGCACCGCUGCGAGAACACCGUUCCAGGCUACAACUGUUUGCCCUGCCCAACUCGUUACUCAGGACCCCAGCCGUUUGGCCAUGGUGUGGAGCAGGCCGCUGCUAAUAAGCAGGUGUGCUCACCCCGUAAUCCCUGCCUUGAUGGAAGCCAUGACUGUAACAAAAAUGCCCGCUGUAACUAUCUUGGACACUUUGCUGACCCCAUGUUCCGAUGUGAGUGCAAACCUGGUUAUGCUGGCAAUGGCCAUAUCUGCGGAGAGGACACAGAUCUGGAUGGGUGGCCCAAUUCAGAUUUGGUGUGUGUCGAAAACGCCACCUACCACUGCAAAAAAGACAACUGUCCCAACCUCCCGAACUCAGGGCAAGAAGAUUAUGAUAAGGAUGGCAUUGGAGAUGCUUGUGACAAUGAUGAUGACAACGAUGGUAUUCCUGAUGAUACGGACAACUGUCCUUUUGUGUACAAUCCCAGGCAGUAUGACUAUGACCGUGAUGAUGUGGGUGACGGCUGCGACAACUGCCCCUACAAUAGCAACCCAGACCAGACAGACACCGACAGCAACGGAGAAGGAGAUGCCUGUGCAGUGGACAUUGAUGGAGAUGGCAUACUGAAUGAGAAGGACAACUGUCCCUAUGUGUACAAUGUUGACCAGAGAGACACAGAUCUGGAUGGAGUGGGAGACAUGUGUGAUAACUGCCCACUAGAACAUAAUCCUGAUCAGUUGGAUUCAGAUGAUGACCGCGUGGGAGACAAGUGCGACAGCAACCAGGACAUUGAUGAGGAUGGACACCAGAACAACCUGGACAACUGCCCGUAUAUUCCCAAUGCCAAUCAGGCUGACCAUGACAAGGACGGCAAAGGUGACGCCUGUGACCAUGAUGACGACAAUGAUGGCAUCCCUGAUGAAAAAGACAACUGCAGGCUGGCGUUCAAUCCUGAUCAGCUGGACUCUGAUGGUGAUGGCCGUGGAGAUGCUUGCAAAGAUGACUUUGAUCAGGACAAUGUGCCUGACAUCUACGACGUGUGUCCCGAGAACUUUGACAUCAGUGAGACAGACUUCCGCAAGUUCCAGAUGGUUCCUUUGGAUCCAAAAGGCACCUCCCAGAUUGAUCCUAACUGGGUCGUCCGCCACCAGGGCAAAGAGCUGGUUCAAACUGUUAACUGUGACCCUGGCAUUGCUGUUGGCUAUCAUGAGUUCAAUGCAGUGGACUUCAGUGGGACUUUCUUCAUCAACACUGACAGGGAUGAUGACUAUGCCGGCUUUGUGUUUGGCUACCAGUCCAGUUCCAGGUUCUAUGUAGUGAUGUGGAAGCAAAUCACACAGACCUACUGGUCACAUAAGCCAACUAAGGCACAAGGUUACUCUGGCUUGUCCAUCAAAGUGGUUAAUUCCACCACCGGCCCAGGAGAGCACCUCAGAAAUGCCCUCUGGCACACAGGCAACACCCCAGGACAGGUUCGCACUCUCUGGCAUGACCCAAAGAACGUUGGAUGGAAAGACUUCACUGCCUACAGAUGGCAUCUGAUCCAUAGGCCGAGAACAGGACACAUUCGAGUUGUCAUGUAUGAGGGUAAGAAGAUCAUGGCUGAUUCUGGUAGCAUCUAUGACAAGACAUAUGCAGGUGGAAGGCUAGGUCUUUUUGUCUUUUCACAAGAGAUGGUAUACUUCUCAGACCUCAAGUAUGAAUGCAGAGAUGCAUAAAUGUACGGCGCAGGAAGCUCUGAGGAAUGCACCUUUUUGUAUAAAGUAUGAACUUCUAUAUUCUCAUGCAAAGUCCAGGGACCGAUUUAUUGCCGCAACUCUUUCUUUUUGGGCAUGCUCACUCAGACUGGGCUAAGGGCAUAUGGUUAGCCUCAGGGUAACUUGAAGCCGGUUUGGGAAGAAAACCAACCAGCUGAAUGCCAUUUGAGGAUCAGAGAGCCCCUUCUCCACCACCAUCCUUAACAUCUAUAAGAGCAGGGAGAGGUGAAAAAAACCCCAACAAAGCCUGUAGGUCACCAACACCUUUCUAUCCGCUCUGCCUGCUUUACCCGCUCUCUGAAAGACCUCAUUCAUCUCUGUACAGAAAUGGCUCCUCAUAAACAACUAUGCACUUCCAAGUCUUUACGUCUCUCUCUCUCUCUCUUUCUAUCUCAGCUCUUCAGCCUUUUCUGCCUCACUUUCUAGAUGGACUUCCCAAAGAAAUAAAGAAGAAUAUUUCCUUUGCCUUACCAGUCUGACCAGGAUGUAGAUCCUGGACAAUACAACUUAUGAGGACUCAAAAAAUGAAGAUGACAUUUUGUAGGAAUUUUUGUUGUUAAUGAUUUAAGAAAACUGUUGAGAGGGGAGCAAGUUAGAAAUAAGGGGAAUAUGAUGCUGUGGAUAAAUGUUUGUAUGCAUGUACAGAAUGUAUGUGGAAGACUAACCAUGAAUGGAACAAGAACGUUCUUUCAUCUUCUACCCUAGGGUAGAAGAACUAUGAACUGUGUUUGUCUCAAUUUGAAUACUUCCAAGAGUUCCAAGUAGCACAGUACGUACACUGCAUACUUACGUAAUGCAUGAAUUCCGACAAAGUUGUCUCAAACUGAACAUGCUAAAACAUGUUCCUAAUAGAAAAAAACAGUUGCAUUUGAUGAGUUAGCUAACAUGUUUUGUAAAAAUUUGCAACUUCUUGAACCUUUGGUGAUUCUUUUAAUACAGAAUUACUCAACAGUGAAGAUUACAGUUCAAUUUAACAUACCUAAACACCAGACAAAUCCAUAACAUGCACUGUUUGGUGUAAGCUAGAAAAAAAACUGUUUUUUCUAGCUUACACUGUUAGCUAGCUAGCUGGAAUUGGAGAUAGCUAGCGGGUGAGAAAUGUACAGCAUUUCAUAUUGAUCUUCUGACUGUUUUGAGUAUCCUAUCUGGGUACUUGUGCUCUUCAUGAUGCCAUAUGUGAGCGUUUUGUCACACUUGCCUUAUGGAAGUAUGCGAUGCAAGACAGCACUGGUUUAUGUUAACUAUCAUUUACAUACAGGUAUUGUUGGUUUUUUUGAUGUCAUCUGGUUGUCUUAACAACUCUCAGGAUUAGAUGGAGAUAAUUAUAUUUUAUAAAAAGUUGCUUGAGUCUAUAACCACAUAGUCAAAAUGUCUUCCAAAAUACUCCCUAUAUCAGAUCCUAACUGUAGAAAUCGAAGAGAUUUAGCCCCCUCAACCUGUAGGGGGAAUUUGCUAUGAAAUAAUGUAAAUACAUCUAAUUUAUUGAUUUUUGCCUACAGUGUAGGCAGUAAACAAAAUUUUUGUACUUUGAAAAAGUAAAAGUAUCCUUCCAAUCACAGUGAAAAUUGACCCCAAAUCAGGUACGCUUAGAUACAGGAUGCAUAACAUUGUCGUUGUCUUUUAUCUCCAGAAUUCGUUACUCUUCAGACAGGGCUAUUUAGCAUGAAGUGUAUCUGAUCUGUGUGCCUUUUCUUCAGAGAGAGAUGAAAAACAAAGGAGAUCGUUGAUGUACAAUUAUUACCUCAUUGCUGUUGUAUAAUUUGAUCAAACAAAAACAUAAGUACUUCUUCGUAUUCCUUUGAAAUGAUUGACAUCUUAGUGCUACUGUAGCAUGAGCUGUAAAUAAUAUAACAUGACAUAGCUACAAAUACAGCAGAGCUCCCAAUCCCAUGAUUUACUACAGUGAAAAUUAUAAGAAGGUGGGAUAUUUCUUAUAUUUUUAUUUUUAUUUUGCUUUAUCACGUAUGUCCAAUGCGUCCAAUGUUUUUAGCAGAUAAAUUAUUGUCCUGUCUUGUCUCUGGUUUGUGAGACGCUGAUUUUGUGUGUGUGUGUGUGUGUGUGUGUGUGUGCACGCGUGUGUUUGUAGAAAUUUGCUAUUUAAAUAAUUUAUCAGGAUUUGCUGCCUUAUUAAGGGGCACAUGUCCAUCUGUAUAAACGGUUUGCACACUGACGUGAGGAUGUUAUGUUCUUUAUUGUUUUUAUCUUUUUUGUUAUUGUGUAUCAAUGUUACCAAUAUUUUUGUACAAUUAGUUUUGCUUGUCUGUAAACAUUUUCAUAGUUGUACAAAGCAAAAUGCUGUUUUUAUUCAUCACAACUAUUUUGUUAUGUAUUUUAAGACAAUAAAUAGUUGUUAACAUUCUCAUUA